AUGGAAUUGGAAAAUAUUGUUGCAAAUACUGUUUAUUUAAAAGCACGUGAAGGUGGCGGUGGUAAAAGAAAGGGAAAAAGUAAAAAGUGGAAACAAAUUUUACGAUUUCCUCAUAUUUCUCAAUGUUUGUCUAUGAAGAAUGAAAUACAGUUAAACUACAAAUAUAUAAUUGACCAACAGCCUAUAGGACGUGAAUUAUUCCGUGAGUUUUGCAAAACAAAGUCACUUCUAUCCAGAAUAAUAGACUUUCUGGAUGCAGUGAAUGAAUAUGAUAUUACACCAGAUGAGAAACGUCUUGCAAAAGCAGAAGAAGUUUAUGAAAAAUAUUUGUGUUCAGAGUCGGAACAAUAUAUUAGCCAAGUCAAUGGAAACCAAGUGUCAGCCAUUAAAGAGGCCAUGGGCCAAAAGACUCCAAGAAAAGAACUAUUUUUGGCUUGUUCAGAAGUAUUAACAGAAUAUCUUACCUCGGACCCAUUCAAUGAUUUUUUAGAAAGUAUGUAUUUUAAACGUUAUCUACAAUGGAAGUGGUUAGAAAGUCAGCCUAUCACCAAAAAUACAUUUCGAAUGUACCGUGUAUUAGGCAAGGGUGGUUUCGGAGAAGUUUGUGCGUGUCAAGUAAGGGCUACAGGUAAAAUGUAUGCAUGUAAGAAAUUAGAAAAGAAAAGAAUAAAGAAAAGGAAAGGUGAAGCCAUGGCAUUAAAUGAAAAACAGAUAUUACAAAAGAUAAAUUCAAGAUUUGUGGUUAGUUUAGCCUAUGCAUUUGAAACUAAGGAUGCUCUAUGUUUAGUGUUAACCAUAAUGAAUGGUGGUGAUCUCAAAUUUCAUAUCCACAAUAUGGGCAAUCCAGGCUUCGUAGAGGAGAGAGCUGUAUUUUAUGCUGCAGAAAUUACUUGUGGCUUAGAAAACUUAAACCGGGAGGGCAUUGUUUAUAGAGAUUUAAAACCAGAAAAUAUCUUAUUAGAUGACAAUGGUCAUGUACGAAUAUCAGAUUUAGGGUUAGCAGUAGAAAUACCUAAUGGUGAAACGAUAAGGGGGAGAGUAGGUACUGUUGGUUACAUGGCCCCUGAAGUAGUUAAAAAUGAGAGAUAUACAUUUAGUCCUGAUUGGUGGGGAUUAGGCUGUAUUAUUUAUGAAAUGAUAGAAGGCAAGUCACCAUUCCGAGCACGAAAAGAGAAAGUUAAAAGAGAAGAAGUUGAUAGAAGAGUGAAAGAAGAUCAAGAAAUUUAUUCAUCUAAAUUCUCCGAAGAAUGUCGUUCUAUAUGCUCAGGUUUAUUAAAGAAAAAUCCGUCAGAGAGGUUAGGGUGCUGUUCACAUAAUCAAGGUGCCAAAGAAGUCAAAGCUCACAAUUUUUUUAAAACUAUAAAUUUUAAGAGAUUAGAAGCUGGGAUGUGGGAGCCACCAUUUUUCCCUGAUCCACGAGCAGUAUAUUGUAAAGAUGUGUUAGAUAUAGAACAAUUCUCUACAGUAAAGGGUGUUAAUUUAGAUGCAAGUGAUGAUACAUUUUAUAUAAAAUUUAACACAGGCAGCGUUUCAAUACCAUGGCAAAAUGAGAUGAUUGAAACAGAAUGUUUUAAAGAAUUAAAUCAAUUUGGUCCUGAUGGUGAACCUUCCCCAGAUCUUAUAGAAGACCAACCACCUCCUCCCCCACAAAGAGGAUUCUUUGAUAGGUUAUUUCGACGAAAUCGGGUAUGA